AUGGAUACAUAUAAUACAUCGGCAAGUCAAUCUGCUAGUACCAUGCUCUACCUCUUCUCUACCAUUCCACUCUUAUCAAAGCCAAAGGUACCAGUCAUUGUAUAUCGUUACCUUGAUACUACCUCUAUGAUGGGCACGUCGUGCAUGUAUAGUAUUCACAAUAACCUUGAAUUACCAUCAGGUGCAUUCACUUACAACUCUUCCGAUACUUUGACAGUAACAGUCCAUCAAUAUAGCUACAAAACAUUUGAUGGAAAGAUAGCUUUCAAGUAUAUUAUUGGAAAGGAGAAUAUGGAUCUUGGUGAUGGUUUUAUUUAUGAUUAUCCAGUAUUCAAUGUCUAUACAUCUCCUGCAGCUGAGCGAGCACCCAUUUAUUAUCAAUUGUCAACUGUUGGUUCGGCUGUUGUAAUGUCAUCGGAAUCAUUUAUUCCAGAUGUUGUUAUUUCUGGUCCUGAUGACAUUGUUUUUAAACUACUCCAAAAUAAUGCAAACAAUCUUUGUUUGUCAGCUAGCAGUACAGGAACCAAACCAUCACAAAAAACAUGUGACCAAACAAAUGGUGAACAAGUUAGGAGAUUUAUUCAAAAUCAGUUUGGUAGAUCACUUACCAAUACUCUAACCAAAUUAAUAGUCUCUGAAAGUUAUACCACUGCUGCUUUCAACUACUGCCAAUAUACUUCAUCGGGUCUUUCGGCCAAAUGUAUUUAUACAGAUUCAAAUGGAUAUCAUUAUGAUCUAUCACCUUUAUCAUCAUCUUUAUACAAUAUAUCAUUGGGAUCAACCUAUGAUACAGACAAUAACAACUAUCGUAUGUAUUUUAGUACCGAUAAAUCAAGCGGAUUUGUACUUGGUGGUGUAAUGGAUGCAAAUGAAAUAUUUGGUCCAUCUACUAUUUAUUCAUCCAAUAUCAAUGGACAUGAUGGAAUUAGUUUAACGGCUAGUGGAACAAGUGUUAGUGUUGGAUUGAAGAUCUUUUCAGGCAGUCUAAAGUUAUUGGUUGAUUAUUCAAAGGUAUGGGAAUCAACCCCAAAACUUGACGGAGUCAAUGGACCUUUUAAAGCUACCAUUCAAUCUGAUGGUAAUUUCUGUAUUUAUCAAAUCGGUCAAACCACUGGUACCUAUUGUACCUAUACUCAUGGUCUUGGUGGAACUAUGAUCAGCCUACUCCAAGCAGGUGCGUAUGGUAGAAAGUGGGGUGUUGUCAUUACCAACCCUGCUGGAAAGAUGGUAUGGGGUAGAUUUGGUGAAUCUCUAUCCAACAGUAUUUCACUCAUCCCAGGAAGAGACUAUCUUUAUGUCUCUCAAUUAAAUCAAUCAAUAGUUACUAUUACCUAUUCAUCAGGUAAUCCUAAAUCACUUGUAGUUUCUACCACAAUCACUCAAUGGAGUCAAUCUGUUCAAAUACCAAUUGGAUACUUUAAUGUUGGACUGCAGGUCAACUCUAAAGGUGCAUGUGUCUAUGCAAGUAUUUCAUCUGUAUCUACUAGAACUAUAUUUGGUUGUCUUGAUGGUACCAAUGGAGCCAAUGAUUAUCCAACCAUGAGAUACCUUCAAUUAGCUCCACCAGGAAGAAAUGAAGAAAACCCAGGUGAAAAUUCAGUUGUCUAUCGUACCACUACAAUCGCAAUUUAUUUAUUUUUUUUAAUAAACUAUUAUAAUGAUUAUAACCAAAGAGAAGAGAGCAACACAAGAGACAAUAUUAAUAAUUAA